CCGGAAAAAAGACGACUCUAUCUGUAAUCCGAUCACACAAACACAUAGGCGACAGUGUGGGAGUCUGAUGCACGCCGGGGCACGUACAUGUACGUGGUUUGUAAAAGUUGUUAAAAAGUUUUUCUGCCAUGCGCGUAUUUACCAGAUUCGGUCUGCUUUCAGCGUCGUAGCGGUGCGGGGCGCUGGCUGUGGCGCACACUGACUCUCCACCACGGUGAUAUGUGAUAGCAGCAGCAUGCCGUACUUGGACCGGCUGAACCGUGUGUGUGGCUUCCUGGACAUCGAGGAGAAGGAGAACAGCUGCCGUUUCCAGAGGCGAUACUUCAUCCUUGACACGCAGGGAAAUGCUCUGCUGUGGUAUAUGGACAACCCUCAGAACCUGCCCAGUGGAGCAGGCUCUGUUGGCAGCCUCAGACUAACCUACAUCUCUAAGGUGGGUGAAGCUACAGCGAAGCAAAAGCCGAAGACAGAGUUCUGCUUCGUCAUCAACGCAGUUUCCCGGAGGUACUUCCUCCAAGGCAACGAUGUGACUGACAUGAGAGACUGGGUUUCUGCUCUCAACAGGGCCAGCAAAAUCACUGUUCCUAAACCUGGCGCUGCGCCACCAAGGUCCGAUGUGACCGCUGUAAUCAGUGACACUCAGGGAGGGAAGAGGCAGCAGGCCUACAAGACGGAGAUAAUUGGCGGCGUGGUGGUCCACACUCCCAUUCAGAUUGAAGGCGAGGAAACGGAGGGGAGAGAGAAGAAGGGUAAUAGGCCAGGCAUGCUGAGGUGUGGCUACUGUGUCAAACAGGGAAAUGUAAGGAAGAGCUGGAAGAGGCGGUUUUUCACCCUGGAUGACAACGCAGUCAGUUACUACAAGUCUGAGAUGGAUAAGGAUCCUCUCCGAGCUAUUCCACUGAGGGACAUUCAGAAGGUCCAUGAAUGUCUCGUCAAGUCAGGAGAUCUCCUGUUGAGAGACAACCUAUUUGAGAUCAUCACCAGCUCCCGAACCUUCUACAUUCAGACAGACUCUCCAGAGGAGAUGCAUGGCUGGAUCAGGGACAUUGAGACGAAAAUUCAGGAUUUCAGAGGUCCUCCUAAGGGUUUCUCAUUUAAACGAGCGUCUUCUCUCUAUCGAAGUCACAAUGCCUCUUCUGCGUCACGUGGUCCACAAGGCGAAGACCGGCGUCCUCCACUGAUCAAAUCCUGUUCUGUGGCACCGGGCUGGCAGCCGUGGACGCCUGUGCCCCCCGGUGAGCCCUCCAUCAUGGAUGUAGAGGAUGAAGACAACAGCGUUUUCAACUCUGUUCCCACCUUGCCUUCUCUCUCCUCCUCUUCCACCUCUUCCUCCACUUCCUCCUCCUCCAACUCCCUCUCCACCCCGACCCCUUGCCCCAGUGGGCCUCCUACAGCCUCAACCAGUGGACUGGGCAUCCUCACGGCAUCAGGAGAUGUGGCGAGUGGGCGUCGGCGGCACCGCUCGCAGCCUCAGCCUCACACAGGCUGUAGCUUCCCCUUCAGCCUGGAUGACGACAGCAUCCGCACCACAGAUGUCUAGGUUUAAUGAAGUCAGUCCAGACUCCUGUGUGGACAAAAGUUGGUACCUGCUUUAAAAUGAAUGUGACUGGUAAUGAUAGUAUUCCCUGCUAAUGAAGUGACACUGUGACCAUCUGCCUCAAUGCAAGGAUCUGGCAUUUGGGGCCCCCUGCUGCUCAUGUAGCUGCAUUGCAAACGAAGAAUCUGAUAGCUGGAAGGGGACCAAGAAGUGCAGUGUUGGUUGUUCACAGAACUGUGAAAAAGGAUGAUGGAGUGUUUUUUUUUUGUGCAACUUCCUCUGAAAACUUGAAUAAUCUUGUCGUUAAUUGUUGCAGAUUUGCAAAUUAUGGCACAUGCUUUCAGUCUGUCGCACUUAACUCCCUAAUGUAAUCAAAAAAACCCUGCUAGAAGUAUUCACAGACAAGUAUAUAAUGUUUAUUUUACGUCUUAAGCUCAUGAAAAAAUGUUUAGCUUCUUUUGAGGCCAGCAGUGUUUUACCCUCUCUUCCUAAGGCACACAUAAUGUGAAAGUGUGACAUCAACUGAACUUCAUUAACGUUUAACAAGCAUUUCACUACCGCAUUGUAAUCAGGAGGAAAGUAUUGUGUAGGUCUUAUUAAAAAAAGGUACACACACUCACUGUAGUGAGUAGUCGGUACAGACAGAGAAGAUAGAGUCAGCAGCAGCUUUUAUGUGUUGGAUAGUUAGUGGCUUAAAGAUCAAUCAUCAGUAAAAAUGUUGACUGCUCUCUUAGCUUGUAACAGGGUACCAUAAUAAUACAGUGGUGUGUUCAUGGUACUUGUAGUAGAAUGUACUGCAAACAUCAAAGUACAGCUGAUCAGCUGGUUGACAGGUUUGUAAAUGUGAUUUUUCUUGUUGCAGCAUUAUGUGGGGGAAAUGUGCCACUACUUCUGGUAAUUAUUUUUAAUUCUGCACUUUUUCUCAUUUUUACUUGUUUUUUGUUUUUUUACAUGCUUCACAGCUUUCAGAGCAGCUUCCUCUGAGAUGCCUCAGAUAGCUUGUGUUGUUACACCAGUAGUCCCUUCUCAGGUUCACCUCAAGACUUCAUUGAUGUGGUACCAUGUUCCAUUCCGGUUUCCGUUUUCUGAAGUGGUGUGCAAUCAUCUGCCAGCGCAUACUGUCAAUUUUCUUCCUUGUACAUUAAAUGAUGCUUUUUAUUU